AAGAGGAUACACAGAGGGGACGACACAGAGGAGACACGAAGGGGACAACACCGAGGAGACAAAUUGAGCUGUGGAGCGAGGCUGAGGGUGACCAUGUCGGUGCUCAGCCCCGCCCCCAGCAGCACCGACGCCUGCCUCAGCAUCGUCCACAGCCUGAUGUGUCACUGGCAGGGCGGCGAGAACGAGGGCUUCGCCAAGCGGGCCAUCGAGAGUCUGGUGAAGAAGCUGAAGGAGAAGAAGGACGAGCUGGACUCCCUCAUCACUGCUGUCACCUCCAGCGGCCUGCAUCCCAGCAGGUGUGUCACCAUCCAGAGGACGCUGGACGGACGACUGCAGGUAGCGGGCAGGAAAGGUUUUCCUCAUGUGAUCUACGCCCGUCUAUGGCGCUGGCCCGACCUCCAUAAGAACGAGCUGAAACACGUGAAGUUCUGUCAGUUCGCCUUCGACCUGAAGUAUGACAGCGUCUGCGUGAACCCGUACCACUACGAGAGGGUGUCAGGACCCGCCUCCACAGGUCCUCAGUCUCUGAUUAAGGAGGAGUUCAUGCAGGACUGUCUGCAGCUGGACCUGCCUCCCCACCCUGACCUGUACCACCAGCCUGGCCCUGCCAGCAUGCAUCCCAGAACGAGCUCCAUGAGGCCUCCGACCUCCAGGGGGGUCGGCGAAGCUCUGGACGGCCUUCUGCAGGUCUCCCUGUCCCAGAACCACAGGGGCCAGACCUCCCCACUUCUUACCUCACAGCAUCUGCAUCCUCCUGCUGCCUCCUCCCCUCACCUGCCAGGCCCUGAGCACAGCCCCCCCCAAACAGCCACCUGGACAGGUAACAGCCCUGCCCCCUACACCUCUGCAGGGCAUCGACAUAAUGGGCGGAGUCACACGCAGCAGCCAGAAUUACAUCAUCAUCACUACGCCCCCAACACUCACUUCUGGUCGCAGCAUCACCGUGCUGCUCCGUAUCCACAGCCCGUAUCCAACCAUCCAGGUCCGGAGUUCUGGUGCUCCAUCUCGUACUUUGAAUUGGACGUUCAGGUUGGUGAGAUGUUUAAGGUCCAGUCCAGCUGUCCUCUGGUGACUGUGGACGGCUACAUGGACCCGUCAGGAGGGGAUCGGUUCUGUUUGGGACAGCUGAGCAACGUACACCGUACUGCAGCCAGCCACCGCUCCAGGCUGCACAUCGGUCGGGGGGUCCAGCUGGAGUGUCGAGGGGAGGGGGACGUCUGGAUGCGCUGCCUCAGCGACCACUCUGUGUUUGUUCAGAGUUACUACCUGGACCGGGAGGCGGGCCGAGCACCUGGUGACGGCGUUCACAAGAUCUACCCCGGAGCUUGUAUCAAGGUGUUCGACUUGCGGCAGUGCCACAGACAGAUGCAGCAGCAGGCGGCAGCAGCUCAGACGGCUGCUGAGACUCAAUCAGCUGCAGUUGCUGGUGCGAUUCCUGGUCCCAACAGCGUGGGUGGGAUUGCACCUGCCAUCAGUGUGUGCUUGGCAGCAGGUCUGGGUGUGGAUGACCUGCGCAGGUUGUGCAUUGUGCGACUGAGCUUUGUUAAAGGUUGGGGGUGUGACUACCCACGGCAGAGCAUCAAAGACACCCCCUGCUGGCUGGAGGUCCACCUGCAUCGUGCGCUGCAGCUACUCGACCAGGUGCUGCACACGCUGCCACCGCGGGAACACACGGUCUGACAGACUCACCUGGAUUCUGAUGAGUACUGCUGGCACCCAGUGGCACAGCAGGAGGCCCCGCCCUCUACACAGGUGUCAACAAACACAC